GUCAAACUUUUGUCAAAUCAAUAAUAAAUACAUAAUUAUAUCUCAAUGUAAUUUUCACUAUUUUCGUGUUUGAUGUCCUUCUUUUAUGAAAAUAUAGGCAGCGGACCAUGAGCUAAACUAAAAGAAUGGAAGACACCUUUAACCAGUUGAAAAAAAAUGGUCAGAAUAAUGUCGAUAACCUCGUCUGCUGGAUGAAAGAUUCAAAAAUCGUAGAUGGCGUAAAGGUCACGGAAGCGAAUGUCCGCAAGCUGUUCGAAGACGUCAAAGACAAGGAGAACGUCGAGCUGGAGAAGUUCCAGCAAGCCAUCAGCACGCUGGCGGCCGAACAGAAGAAGAAGGCGGAGGAGUUCACCACCACACUCGCGGCCGAGGGGACGAAGUUCCUAUCGGCGGUUGCGGCUGCAGCCGCUGCUGCGAGCGGCGCUGCCGCGGCCGCCUUUAAACAAGCUAUGGAGAAAAAAUAA